AUGCCACCUGAACGCGCGAAUCCACCGGUGAAGCUGUCCCUGCCACUGCAAUACCAGCAGGACAUCUUCACCGAAUUGCGUGUGGAAGAUGAGCUGGUCAUCCUGGCGCGCGGCCUGGGGCUGCUGCGCCUGGUCACGAACUUGCUUCAUUUCUACGAUGCGGCGGGGAACAAUUUAGUCUUGAUUGUUGGGGCUGAUGAUCGGGAGAAUGAGUGGAUUGGAGAAGCAUUGGCAGAACAUUAUGCCAUUAGCAAGACUCCCCUUGCACGGGGUUUAAAAGUGAUCAACACUGAGAGGGCAUCGGUUCCAAUGCGAGAAAAGAUAUAUGCUGAAGGAGGUAUUCUGAGUGUGACAUCCAGAAUCCUUGUUGUGGACCUAUUAUCAAAGCUUCUUGACCCUGAGAAAAUCACUGGGAUGUUGGUAUUACAUGCAGAAAAGGUUGUGGCAACCUCACUGGAGGCGUUCAUCGUCCGAAUAUAUAGACAAGCCAACAAGGUUGGCUUUCUGAAGGCCUUCUCGGAUUCCCCAGAGCCUUUCACUACGGGCUUCGCACCUUUGGCAAACAUGAUGCGGAAUCUGUUUCUGCGGAAAACAUCAUUGUGGCCUCGCUUCCAUGUUACGGUUGCCGAAUCUCUCGAAGGACAUAGAAAAGCAGAAGUGAUUGAAUUAGAGGUUCCGAUGAAUGACAAGAUGCGGGAGAUCCAGAACGCCGUUCUGGAAUGCGUGGAAACAAGCAUCAGUGAGUUGAAAAAGUCGAACACGGGUCUUGAUAUGGAAGAGUGGACGCUAGACAGUGCUUUGCACCGAAAUUUCGAUGUCUCAAUCAGACGUCAGCUCGAUCCCAUCUGGCACCGGGUCAGCUUUAGGACCAGGCAGAUUGUUAGCGAUCUCACAGACCUCAGGGCUAUUCUGCAUGCUUUACUUACUUACGACGCGGUAUCCUUCGUGAAAUAUCUCGAUACGAUUGUUGCUGCACACUCGCCGCCUCCAGGGUCAACAAAGCACAAUUACUCGCCCUGGCUUUUCCUUGAUGCGGCCCAUGCCCUCUUCCAAACGGCAAAAUCUAGAGUUUACCAGGGGAGGUUAACAAACGACAUGGCUCCAUCAUUGUCAACUUCUUUCUCCGCCACUCUGCAGCCAGUCCUCGAGGAACAACCGAAAUGGAUCGUCUUAGCCGAUGUCUUGGAAGAGAUUGAACGUGACACAUAUUUUAAUCCAACUCCUGCUGAAGAGUCGAAUAGUGUGAUUUUGAUCAUGUGUUCUGACCAACGCACCUGCCGCCAGCUUAGGGAAUAUCUCGCAACCAUGCACACGCAGAUAGAUUCAAAUUUUGAUGAACAGAUGGAGAACACAGAUGGUAUCUCAGAACCAAAGGCUUCUGCUGGGAUUUUCUUACGUAGAAAGCUACGGGAGUACCUGAACUGGAAGGGUACAGUUGCGAACAUCAACAAGAAUCUGUCAACGACUCCCAACACGCCGGCUGGCAAGUCCAGAGACUCAUCUGCACCUCUGAACCCACAUCAAGGAAGACCUCCACCAAACAAGCGGCGCCGUGUCCGUGGUGGCGGUACAACUGCUCUGGUACCAGCACGCGCACCAAACACCAGCGUCCAGACCGAGGUGGAACUCCCCGGUCAAGUAUCGGGGCUGCUCGACGAAAUCCAGCCUACCGCAGCCGAGGAGACGCAAAAAGACGAGAUUGUCAUUGAUGAUUUGGAGAACAUGGAAGAUUACUACGAACUGUAUGACAUGAAUGACUUGAUCAUGAUACAUCCUUUUGACGGCGAUAUGGAUGAGCAUAUCCUGGAGGAAGUUCGGCCUCGAUACAUCAUCAUGUACGAACCGGAUGCUGCAUUUAUUCGACGAGUGGAGGUCUAUCGCAGUUCUCAUGUCGGGCGAAAUGUGAGGGUCUAUUUCAUGUACUACGGGGGCUCUGUAGAAGAACAGAGAUAUCUGAGCGCUGUUCGACGUGAGAAGGACGCUUUCACGAAGCUCAUCAAGGAGAAAGGGAACAUGGCUGUUACAAUCACACACGACAAGAGUGCUGAAGAUCCGCAAGAGCAAUUCCUCCGCACGGUCAACACACGUAUUGCCGGUGGUGGUCGGUUGGCUGCCACCUCCGCGCCGCCGCGGGUAGUGGUGGAUGUUCGCGAGUUCCGAAGUGCUCUCCCCUCUCUGCUUCACGGCAAUAAUAUAAUCGUUGUUCCCUGUCAGUUGACAGUGGGUGACUACGUCCUCACGCCGGAUAUCUGCGUUGAGCGCAAGUCUGUCCGCGAUCUUAUCUCGUCUCUGAGGAAUGGCCGAUUAUACAACCAGACCGAGACCAUGCUACAACAUUACAAAACGCCCCUCCUCCUGAUCGAGUUUGAUCAGAGCAAGUCCUUCACAUUUGACGCCUUUGCUUCCGCCGUGAACCCGGGCGCUAGCUUCUUCACGGACUACGGCUUCUCGUCUGCUGGUGUCGGGACGUCCCUCCCUACAAGCAGCUCGUUGGCCAACCCGCUGAAUCCCAAGUCUCCGCAACAUAUGCUCGUCCUCCUGAUGACCGCUUUUCCCCGGCUCAAAAUCAUCUGGUCCUCGUCCCCCUACCAGACAGCUGAAAUCUUUGCCGAGCUGAAGAAAAACAACCCAGAGCCAGACCCUAUACGAGCCGUCCAGCUCGGCCUGGAUAUAGAUAUCGGUACCUCCUCGUCAGCAUCGGCAGGCCGAGGCGCAGACGUCAUGGCUGCCACGGGCAUCGAACAUCGUAUUUUCAACAAGCUGCCACAAGAUAUGCUAUCUGCCGUGCCCGGUGUCACACCGCAGGCGCUCGAACGACUGAUUCUGGAGACGGGGAAUGUUCACGAAAUCGCAAAUAUGAGUGUCGAGCAGCUUGAUCCAUUAGUUGGCAAGGAGGUUGCAAGAAAGAUCGUCGGGUUUUUCCGCAAGAGUGUCUUCGAAGACUAA